UAUCGAUUAGUUAUAACACUCUGUCAUCAACGCAGAUACAGACGCUAUAACUGUUACUGAUUAAGUGAUUAUUUUGGAAAUUUUCGCCUUUGUUUUAUUUUUUCAACGGAAAACGAUCGCAAAAUAUGUUUUAGCAAUUGGAAAUUUCAAUGGCGUAACUACACAUUAGAUAUACUUGCCACCACAUUUACACAAAAAUAGUUUCUGCUUAUAUUCUAAUUUUGUGUGCUCUGCAUUUGGUGCGUAUAUUAUUGAAGAGGUUUUAAUGAAGGAAAUUUUUCUGCCUAUUUCCAACAUCUUGUAGAUUGUUAUGAUAGCCAAAAGCAUGGCCAAAAGGUAUAAAUGAAGCAGCGUCUAUCUUUCUACUUCUAGUUCUGAAGAGGAAAUCCCUACGUCAGAAAUUCAUAUACAUGCUUGGAUACUUCCACUAUAUUCAAGGUUACUUCCAUUUACGAUUCCAAUUUUAUUUAGAAAUAACCAGAACACUAAGUUUAUUGUUUCUUACUGGUAUUUCAAAUUUUGUGCUUCUUCCAAGGGUAGUUUAAGUCUUCUUUAAGUCUAACUUAGUCAACGGUAGUUUAAGUUGACAUUGUAAUCUAAAAUGUCAAAGCGAAAGCAAAAGGAUGUUGUGAGACCGAGACAAAGAUCUAGAAGAGUUAGAACAUUUAUUGAAGAACAUAUGCAUUUAUUGGAAGAAGAAGUAAGUGAUGCGGUUGAUGAACCUAAUGAUGCGGUUGAUGAACCUAAUGAUGCAGUUGAUGGCAGAACUCUAAGUGUUGCUGAAGUAGAAAAUGUUAUCCCACUUGCUGUUUCCAUCGACGAUGUGUUAGGUAAUGAUGAUUUUCAUGAAACAAUGGCCGAUGGAGUUGAGAAUGAUGAUCAUCAUUCCAUCCAUUCAUCCAUCCAUAGCAGUUCAGAAUCUGAUGUUAACUUUCUUGAAGAAGUCGAUUCGGAUUCCGAAACUUUUUCGGACUUGGACUUUGAUUUUUGUAAAGCUCCGAAUUUUGAUGAAAACUUAGUUGAUGAUGUAGAUGAUUGGAAAGUAGAUUCGGACAUUGACAACGAUUUAAACGCAAUCGACAACCAGAAUUUAUUUAAAAGACGCCUUUGUCAUUGGGCAGUAGAUUCGAAUGUAGCGAGGGAAAGCGUCAAUAAGCUCUUACAAGUUUUGAGAACCGACCCUUCUAAUUCUUUUCUACCUAAAACGUACAAAACUUUGCUAGGCACUCCUCGAAAAGUUCAUGUGAUUGCUGUAAGCCCGGGAUUUUAUUACGGGUUUACUAUUUUGGAUGGGAUCGUAUGUUCUUUAAAUUCAAUUAACGCUACAUUUCCUUCGAACAGUCAUGAACUCAAGAUGUUAGUUGGUUGUGAUGGGACGUCAUUUGGAAAGAGCACAAAUAGUCAGUUGUGGCCUAUACUUGGUAAAGUUUGCAUGGACGGAGCGCAAUGUUUUGACAUUGGUUUUUAUCAUGGGCACGCAAAGCCAGAUGAUAUAAAUUCUUAUCUGAAACAUUUUUGUGACGAAAUUUCUAAAUUAAUGAACGAGGGUUUUCAAUUCAAGGGGUGUCACAUUAAAAUUAGAGUAGAAUCUUUUUGUUGCGACGCUCCCGCUUGUAGUUUUAUUUAAAAUGUCAAGCCUUGUGGAGCGUAUUAUGGGUGCAUGAAAUGCGAAGUUGAAGGUGUUUAUGUACGGAACAAAUCUGGCAAAGGCGGUAGGGUAACCUAUCCCGAAAUAGAUGCGAUAUUGAGAACUGACGAAUCUUUUCGUGAUCGAGAUCAAAUUAAUCAUCAUAGUGGAUUUUCUAAUUUGGAAAAUUUGUCGAUCAAUAUGGUUGACGACUUUUGCAUAGAUCCAAUGCAUCUUGUUUUCUUGGGAGUUACGCGUAAAUUGUUAUACAUUUGGGUGCAUGGAAGAAAGAGCAUGAAAGCAAGGUUGUCUUGGCAACAAAUGAAUGAAAUCUCAAAAAUUCUUUUGAGAAUUCAAUCAUUGAUUAGUGUGGAAUUUUCUCGAAAGACUCGAACGCUAAAUGAACUAUCUCGGUUUAAAGCUACCGAAUUCAGGUUACUUUUGCUUUAUAUUCUGCCAACAGUCUUAAAAAAUCGCCUUCCCGAUGAAGUUUACCAACAUUUCAUUUUGCUUCACGUCGCGAUCAGAAUUCUGUCUUGCAAACGAAGCGUGGAAGAAGAAGCCAACAUUGACUAUGCACACAGUCACUUGACUCUGUUUAUUCAGAAGUCUGUCAGCAUUUACGGAGAUCAAUUUCUUAGUUAUAAUGUUCAUAAUCUUAUUCACUUGGGAAAUGAAUGCAACAGACUUGGAGCACUUGAAAUGUUUAGCUGCUUUUCUUUUGAAAACCACAUUGGUAAACUUAAAAAUUUGGUUCGCAAGAGCGCGAAACCCCUUCAACAAAUUGUGAAUCGUGUAAUGGAAUUGCGCUCCAAUCUCCCGGUUCAAAAAAAAUCAACAAAUCCAAAUUUAAUCAAAGUUAUUUACGAACAUAACAAUGGGCCAAUGAUUCAUGGCCUACGUGGGCAGCAAUUUGAAAGGGUAAUUUUUCAAAAAUUGAGAUUUAGUUGUAAAAGCCCAGACAACUGUGUGGUAACUGAUGAUGAUUCUGUAAUUUUGAUUGAAAAUUUUGUUGAAAACAGAGAAGGAGAAGUAUAUUUCAUUGGAAGAAAAUUUAUGAAUUCUGAGAAUCUUUACAAUCUUAAUGGAUUAGAUUCGAAAACAAUAGGCACACAAAUUGUUAACACACUUUCGAACAAUCUAGAAUUUUGGCAAUUAAAUUCCAUUUCUUUCAAUGCUAUGAAAAUUCCUGUAAUUCAUGAUAUUCCACAGUCUCCAAAAAGUUUUGGCAUUGUUUCAAUAAUGAAUUUUGAUGCAGAAAACUAAAUAUUACUAAGUAAAAUGCAGGCAGAAGCCAUGGAUUCUCCCAAAGAAAUUGUCCCCAUAUAGCUGCAAAAUGGAAGCUAUUUAUGCUCAAAAUAAUCUCCAAUUAAUUCAGAAUAAUUUUCAAAUCAAAUCAC